UAUGAUUUUUUCAAUAAUAUUUUUGCAAUAUAACCUCUAUAAGGUAACUUAAUCCAAAAUAGUAAACAAAGUUAACAUUUUCUAUUUAUUUCUUACUUUUAUAUUAAGUAGAAAGUGAUGUGGCAGUAUUUCAAUAAUAAUGGCCUUAAUCUCGACUAAUGUGUAUAGACACUUAUUGAAAAAUAUUCGGCAGUAUUCAAUUUUUGGUAAUUCGGAUACAUUAUUUAAAUUAAAUCCAUCAGUACAGAAUACCCCAAAGCGUUUGUUAUUUUGGGAAAAUGAAAGAAAAGGAGGUUAUAACACUGCCGAGAAAGUGUCCAUAUUAGAUCAUCUAAAAAAUGGUUUCAAAGAACUCAACUACGAGUUGAUUUUGUUCAAACAAGAACUCAAGGAAUUGGUGGAGACUGAUCCUCUGCUAGUAGCAAGGCCAGGCGAAACAGAUCUUAUAUGGUGCUUCAAUGAUCAGAAUGUUCUCGAUAAAUUCGUUACGACCAGCGACAGUGAUCAUAACGAGGGCUACAGCCAAUGCAGUCUCAAUAUGAGUAGUGCUGGUAGGGCCUUAUUCCACGGACACUUAGACCUGAGAGUGCCAAAAGACGGGCGCAUUAAAAAAGCUGGUUAUUGUGCUAUGAGGUCUAAAAGAGUGAGGAAAUCAUUUAAACGGGAAUCUACUUACAACUGGCAUUUAUAUAAUACCCUUGUUCUGAAAGUGAGAGGAGAUGGUAGAUCAUACUUAUUAAAUAUUUCUUGCGAGGGUUACUACGACAUAACAUGGAAUGAUAUAUAUCACUAUGUAUUGUAUACAAGAGGUGGACCAUACUGGCAAAUUGCUAAGAUACCAUUUUCCAAGUUCAUUUUAGGAUCAAAAGGAAGAGUGCAAGACAAACAAAACAGAAUAUGUUUAGAUAGAGUAACACAUUUUGGUAUAUCAUGUGGUGACAAAAUUCCUGGUAGAUUUGAAUUGGAAAUAGAAUAUAUUGGUCUAGAAUUCGACCCAACACAUGAGGAAGAAUUUGCUUAUGAAAUGUACAAAACAGAAAGAUAUAUUGUUGGUGUAUGAUUGUGUCUUUACUUAGAAUCUGUGAUGUUAAUAAAGUUGGAAUAAAAAUGAUUGUUA